CUUCCAGUCCCAGAGAAGGUCGCUGACUGCCAGGUGACACUGGUUACAUAUUAUUAAGUCUGAUCUCUCUGUAGCUCACUGUCUCUUUAAAAACAAGACAGAAUAGUUUGGUGCAUGUGUUUGUUGUUGCUGUGUUGGUGCAUUCCUAGUUAGUUCUAUUUUCUCCCAGAUAAAAAUAGGACUAUAACACUGUAACACUAUAUACUCUCUGCCUGGGAACCCCCGGUUACCCCCCCAUGACUGAACAGUGAACCUGGAAGUAAACUGGUGUUUGCAGUGUGCUGCUUUAUGUGUCUGCAGUCUGACUGAGGAUCAGAUCUAACUGGAUUUUGACUGCAGGAUGAAGAUUCUGCUGCUCCUCUUACUCAUUUCCCAGCAUGCCACAGCAGUGGAGGUGUAUGAGGGGGCUGAGUCUGUGCUGCUGCCCUGUCAUCUACUAGCUGCUCCCAGUGAGUUCACAGCAGCAGUGUGGGACCGCAAGGACCUCAACAUCCCAACAGUCCAUGUUCGUGUGAAGAGUGGUGAUGAUGUGGAUGACCAAAACCAGCGUUACACCAACCGAACAUCAAUGAGUGCUGAUGCUCUGCAAACUGGAAACCUCAGCCUCACUCUGAGAAACCCGACAGUCUCUGACAAUGGAACCUACACCUGCAUCCUCCGCAUCACUGGACGAGAUGUGAGCUGGACUUACUUACAGCUGAAGGUCACAGGUCAGCGAUGUAGACAGAGAACCUCCUCCUCCACCUCCUCCAGUCUGGCCCAAAGUUCUCUCAGCUGUCUUGGUUCCUGUGGUUGUCCUGGCUAUUUGCUGUGGUAUCGGCAUGUUUUGUGGAUAUAAAAGGCUAAAAAAUAAAGAGGGUAUGUAGGAGUGUUGUGGAAACUCCAAAACAAAACUGCAACCACCAGGUGAGUGUGUCUUUAAAGUGAGGUUUAUUAUAAAAAGAAAAACACUGCAGUGGAGAAACCGUUCUGGUCAAACACCAAAGCGUUUUCUGAGGCAGGGCACCGCCCUGAACAAUUUUCUACCUUCCUAAACACUCCCAAACAAAGAACAUUCCACAACAUAUCAUAUAUCACUAUUCCCUCAGUCCAACUCAUCCUUGACCCCCCCCACUCUAACAAAAGUUACGACUAGGGAUGGGUAUCGUUUAGGUUUUAUCCGAUACCGGUGCCAAACCGGUACUUUUGAAACGGUGCCGGUGCUUAAACGGUGCUCAAACUGGUGCUUAAAGAAUGGAGAACACAAAAUUGGUCCAAAAACCUCUCAUGUUUAGCUGUUUUUGUCAUGGUCUGCAGUGGGUGGCUGGAAUUUCCAUAAGGCUCCUGAACUUACCUGGGAUCCGCCCCUGGGCAGGGCCAACUCCUCCAGCUCCUGCACACCUGGAGCCUAUUGCAGGCAAUCAAGCCAGAGGGAUUUAAGCAACACAUUGAUGUUCAUUCACUGCCAGUUCGUCAUCAACUCAUGUUGGUAACAGGCCUUAUGCUUUAAGUUCUCGCUGUGAUUUAUCUUACUAACAAUAAUUUCCUGUGCUGCAGUUACUGGUUUCACCUUGCCUCACGCGCUACCUCUGGACUCAGGAUACUAAGCAAACAUUUUGAAAAUCACUCUGUGCCUCACCUGCCUGCCCUCCUGCCAUCACACUGAAGACCCCGGAUCUCAGGUCAGCCUUGCCACACCACUCAGCCCCCCUGGAUUCUCAUCACCCCCCUCUCAACACCCUAUGUCCCCAACUGCAAUGUGACUGUUCCCUGCUCAGCUCCACUCUGCAUCUCAGGCCCUGUUCCCUCGUCCUAGUCACGCCACGUCAAACUCCACGUCUUAUUGUUUUUUGUCCUUGCUACGUUUCUUGCACUCCAGCCUAAUAAAUUAUUGUGACAUCAUCUGCUGUCUCAGCUCUGGGUUUCUGCACCUGAGUCCUGUUCUGUACAGACCACUCGGUCC